UUUAGGGUUUCAGAGAUCUAACUCUAUCUUCCCCCAUCACAGAUUCACGCCAUUUUAUAAAGCCCCUCUUCCCAUUUCAUUCUCUUCAUUCUCUUUCUCAUCCUUUUCCUCUUCUCUUCUCACCUCCAAAGCUCGGGUUAUCGCAACAAUGGCGUCUUCUGCUCGUCUCUUUGCCGCAAUCUUUGCCUUGGCCCUGACCUCCGCCAUUGCAGACAGCGACAUGCUCCAAGACGUUUGCGUCGCCGACUUAUCCAGUGGGGUUAAGGUGAAUGGAUACACCUGUACGGACCCGACAAAAGUAACUCCCGACCACUUCUUCUCCCGUGGCUUGGCCACCGCCGGCAACACCAACACCUCCCCCACCGGUUCGGUGGUGACCGGAGCCAAUGUCGAGAAAAUCCCCGGCCUCAACACAUUGGGAGUUUCCAUGUCUCGUAUCGACAUAGCCCCCGGCGGCAUCAACCCUCCUCACAUCCACCCACGAGCCACCGAGAUCAUCUUCGUCCUCGAAGGUCAGCUCAACGUCGGCUUCCUCACCACCGCCGGGAAACUCGUCUCAAAAACCCUAGAAAAGGGGGAUGUUUACGUGUUCCCCAAGGCACUCAUCCAUUUCCAGCACAAUGUCGGGAAAGGCCCAGCCUCUGCGAUCGCUGCUUUCAACAGCCAGCUUCCCGGGACGCAGUCCAUCGCGUCCACGCUCUUCGGUUCCACACCUGCAAUCCCCGACAGUGUUCUGUCCAAGGCGUUUAAGAUGUCACAUAAACAGGUUAACAAGAUCAAGUCUGGUUUCCAACCCAAGAUAUGAGUGGGGAUGCCCUCAUGUUUCUUUCUCUGUUCUGUUCCAGUUCAAGUUAAAAAAAAAAUACUUGCUUUUCUUAAAAUCAUCCUAUUAUAAACCAAAAAGACACAUCACAAGUUCAAAUAAACAUCAUCAGAAUGGGCCGUUCUAAAUA